UUUCCUUUUGUCGCGUCAAUUGGAAUCCGAGUAUAUUAGAAGAUAAUGAAGUCUUGUUCCUCACCGAAGAUGAUGAUGAUGAAAUCCGUGACCGCUUGUCUAAUUUUAACCCUUUUGAUAAUUUCCGUCGCCGCAAAAGGUGGUGGUCACGGUGGUGGAGGUCACGGCGGCGGAGGUCACGGUGGUGGUGGUGGUCAUGGUCGGGGUGGUGGUUUAUUUUUCUCUGGCGGGCACGGUGGCUCUCAUCAUCGUAACAGCGCUUCCGUUGACGGUUCAAGCAUGGGUCUAACGAUGGCAUGCUUGAGUGUAAACUGUACGGCCUAUGGUGGGUCGAAGCAGCUGAGGCAAUCAGGCUACAUUCCGGUUAGAUCUCUUCGGCCGCCGGCGGAGAUGAUCGCCGCCAUAAGAGCAGCGAUUCUCAAGCCACAAGACUGUUGUUCUUACCUCAAAACAGCUUUUUUCCAUUCUACUUCUAUCUUACAACGCAAACAUCAAUCCAAUUCAAAAGCUCGAAGCAAAAGGUUGGGAAGAAAGAAGGCUAAGCAAGAUUUGCGUCGUAAUGUGAAUGCUUUCGCACAACACUUAUUUGGGAUUUGGAGUGAUGGGUUUGAUUACUCUGGUAAGCACACCUCGUGGUUCGAGAAACAGUACUCUAGAGUUUCCAAAAGGAAUCGGAUUGGUAAAAGACACAUCCCUCAACAUUUGGAUAAAAGAUGUUUUGAUUUUAGUGAAGUUGAUGAUGGAUAUGAAAUUGAGUACUUUUUGCGGACUGCAUUGGGUGGAUCCCGAGGUUUCUCUUGGUCAAGCCGUCGUGAAGAGGGGGGAACUCGCUCAGGGAGGUACUCUAACAACUUUAGAAAAUCUUGGGGUUCGAGAUAUCGAUUAGAUGAAGAAGAAGAAGAAGAAGAAGACAAGUAUUCUUCAACAGAAUCGAGCGACACAGAACCAAACCAGGAGUCUCAUAGACAAGCACUUGGUUUGAGUUCAUCAGGUCCCUUAAACCUUGAAGAUGUCAAAAUUGCAUACCGAGCUUGUGCAUUAAAAUGGCAUCCAGAUCGUCACCACACCUCUACCAAGAAUGAAGCUGAGGAAAAGUUCAAGCUCUGCACUGUGGCAUAUCAAUCUUUAUGCGAAAAGCUAGCCAUGAACUAAUAGUGUAGUUUAUCACCUCGAGUUUUGAUAAGAGUUGAAUAGGGUAUGACAAGUGGUUAGCUCAGAGAGAUUGCAAGAUCUUUUCUCUGACCACGGCGAUGCAGAUUGUUUAUCGACUCUGUGCUUGAUACCGACUGCUAUUAGUGUCAGACUCAGAAUGAAUCACAUUUAAACCU